AGCUAUUCUGCUGACUUUUGAGAUUAGUUUUGAAAUUUAUCUUACAGAGAUGUAGGUUACAGCUUUGACUAUUGAUAAGUUACAACUUCAUGUAUAAUUUUAUUUAUGAUUAGGCCUACAGUUCCAAUGAAAACCUAGGAAACAUUAGCUCUAUUAAUUUGGAUACCAUAUUCUAUUCAUUGUAGGUGGCAUUUAGAUCUUCACAUCACAAUGGAUGACCUUUCACUACCCAUAGACAAGCUGUAUCUUGAGUACUUGACAAGUUACCACCCUCCUAAAAAGCAACGCCGGAUAGAGGAAAAGCUGAUCGCUGCAGGAAAACUUAACUUUACCAGGUUAACAUCUGUCGACAAACUCACAGCAAAAUUUGAGAUGGAAAUUCAUGUCUUAGAAAAGACAGUGAUUGUAGAUGAUGGGUCUGAGAAAAAGGUGUACUCCACGUGUGUGUUUGAAAAUACAAAACGUUACGAUUGCAACAUUUGCAUCACGUCUGUUUACGGAAAGACCUCGCUGAUUCGCCAUAAUAGAAGCAGGAAACACUAUGAAAUGAUGCAAAGGAAAACACAUCCUCAUGAAAAUUUUGAUGACAAAAGAGAUAUGAAAAUAGUUAGAGAUGUGAAGGAGUGUUAUUUCGUGAAAGACCUUCUAGAAGAGUGUCGGUACUUGAACAUCAAUCUCGUGUUGAUUGGACUGGAGUAUCUGGUGGAGGUGUUGGAUCCUCGUGGGCCGUACUACAUCUGUCUGCUGUGUAACAAGGAGGGUGAAGAGAUCGAAGCAACUAUCAACCAUCUGGAGGGAUAUGAGCACAGGAUGCUGUACAUGCUGCUAUACUUCCCAAAAGUAUACAAGAAGCUUUCACUUCUACAGAAGGAAAUUUGGCAGGUGCAACUGAACAUUGUUGUUCAGAAAAUUGAGAAAAAGUUGGGUCGGUUGAAGCCCUGGCGCCAUGAUGGACCUUUGUCCUUAAAGCAGAAGAAAGCUAUUCGUUAUGCAAUAGAUAAGGGCCCUCAUCUGAGGGACUUAGGUCUGAGUUUUUCCGGAGAUAUUGUAUUUAACGAAGAUGUAAAGGACCCAAUGAUGGAGCAUACAGUCCUCACAGAGUUUUUAGUGAAUGAAACCGAGGAUAACAAAGUUUUUGAACGUGUUAAGGGUGGAGGUUACCGGUGCAAGCUGUGUAAAACAGGGGUGAAUUCCAUUGUUGAAAAAAUUACUCAUCCUUACACAGGAAGGCAUAUAGGAAAAACAAUCAAAGGAAUGUCGAUUCUCGACAAUGUCGCUUGCACCAUACAAAACGCCAUAGAGAGGUAUCCGCAACCGUUGAUCGGGACGGAGUACAUAGUGGAGUAUGACGAACAAGGGGUUUUCCUGUGGUACUGUAUGCUGUGCAGAAAAGGGAUGAACAACCAAGACCAGGUCUUGUUACAUCUGGUUAGCAAGCAACAUCGCCAAUGGUACAUUAAACACCACAUGCCUGUGAAACACCAAGAACUGCUCAAGAAGACUGGCCCGGUAAAAGCAGAAGAUACAUUAAGGUUGCUGAGACAAAUCGAGGCCAAGUACCCAAAUCGAUUGCCUGCGUUUGGUUGUAUCUACAGCCUUGACCAUGUAAUUGACUCUGGGCUAACUAUCAAAGAUGUGAUUAGUCAGAAGAUCAUGGAUGGCCAACACUUUACUGUCAAUGAGAGAGGGAUGCCACAAAUGAUCUACAAAAUGCCAGUUCCUCUCUUUUCCGAGGAAGAGCAAGCUACUCCUGGGACUAGCUCCAAGAAAAAGAAGAAGAAAAGAUCACGAUCAGCCUCCUCGGAUCGAUCUCUCUCUCCAGUAGCCAGACAGAGAAGAUUGUCUCCGGAGCCAUUAGAACUGCCCGACUUGCCAACAGAACAACUCAGAGAUCCAAUUUUGGAUUGGCUGUACAGCCAACCCUCAACCAGCCAGCCCUCGACCAGCCAACCCUCAACCAGCCAACCUUCAACCAGCCAACCUUCAACCAGCCAGCCGAGAAGAAGAGCGUACGCAUUAAUGGGGCAAGUUGCCAUUACCAAAGAGUCAUUGGAACAAUUCAUCGCUGAAUGCGACGAAGACAACUGGAAAUCCCGAUCCCAGUGUGGAUGUGUCGCGGAGCUCACGCUCACUUGCCCACUGAGAGAAUUACUGGACGACGACGAAGCAUUCUACGAGGUUCGACGGGUUCUUAUCGGAGCAUGGAUGAUCAGGCUCAACAAAGACUUUGGUUGGAACAUUCAAUCGUUAGAUAUAACGAAAGACCCAAAGCUGUAUAGGUUGGUGGAAAUAAUGGAGACAGGCCGUUUUGUCCUUGACGUGUGUCGACCUCUGUGCAGGAAUUGUGUGGAGUCAACUGCGGAAUGUACCUUGGAGGAUUUCCCCCAGUACAAGGACAUUCCGCUAGACGAACUGAUGGACAUAAGUAGAGGUCUGGUCAACAUGAGCAACUUGCUACAUUUCUUCUAUGUUAAUAUCCCAAAAUCCGCAUAUACACAAAGCGAGUAGAGUAGGCAGGUAACUUGAAACUCAUAACGGAGAAAUGUAACCAUAGUUAACCUGCCUGUCUACUCGCCUUGUGUAAAUGUGGAUAUUACCGGAAAAUACACUAAUUUGGGUCAAGCUUGGACCUGCACUUGACUCAAAGUUGAAUCUGUACCAGUC